UUUACGCGCGCGCUCUCUCGCGACUGUUGCAGCUCUCUCUCGCGCGCGUACGCUUACCUGCCUGCGCUCACGCCGCUAUAUCUAUAUUAUAUAUAGUAGCAAAAGGAAGGCGGUAGAAGGAGCGAGUAUAUACGGGAGAGAGAGAGAGAGAGAGGCUCACACAGACGGCGUCGUCGCGAGUUCAGACGUUCAGUAUAGUCGCGCGUCGAGCCGAGGAGCGACAACUCGCGGGGAGAUUCCAGCUCGAUCCAGGACUACAGUCACACGGGAAUUCCGAGGAUCAGCAUCCGCCUUUUUUCGCGAGUGCAAUAGCCGCGAGAGCCGAGUCUCUGUGCGCGCGCUCGCGCUUCCUAACCUGCAACACCGAAAAUACACUGCAGAGGCUGGAUGUAGACUGUGUGUGUAAACCUGCGAGAGAGAGAGAGAGAGAGAGAGCGUAGACAGAGUGGAAUAUCCAGACAGGUAUAUACACGUACGUAUCAUCGCGUGUGCGCGGCCCGUAGUGAGAGUCUGUGUGACAUGUCGCGCGGCAACGGCAGCGCGACAGGUGCUUCAACUCGGCAUCGUCCGCUGGACGAAGAGCACCAGCAGCAGCGGCAGUCGAGGGCAUGAUGCCUUGAGGAUCAGCAGCAGCAGCAGCAGCAGCAGCAGCAGCUAAGCAGCCAAAUCCGGGGGAAUAUGACUGGAGCUCGGGCCCAGCUGGUACGACGACUACGGCAUAGGAAGAGGACUUGCUCCCGUCCUCCUCUGGGCUAUGAGCGCUGACAAUGGGGACGAAUCCUUGGUGGGCAUCAGCGUCAGUCUUUGGAAAAAUGUCGGCGGAAGGCUGAGCUGAGACUCGAGCUCGCUCGGCGGUGGAUGCUGUGGCCGGUGCUCGGGGAUGAGGGCCUGAGGCCCCCCUCGCCACCGCCGCCGCUGCUGGUGCAGAAGGGGGCCGCGCCCGCGGCCUACAAGCCCAACAAGCUGGCGCCCCUGCUACUCUGCGCGCCCUGCAAGCCGGCACAGCGCAAGAAUCAGUCUACCACUCAGUGGUACGUCCAGCAGCCCACGUGGCGUCUUUGGGGCGAGGAGAAGGGUGAGGGCGUCAUCUACACGGUGUACCUCAAGAAAGUUCGCUAUCACAGGCCUACGAGAAGUCUCUCAGCUUCGGACUCGGACGACGAGAUCUCGCACCUAGAAUGGGAGACGGUACGCGUGCGCUUCCUGAAGGCGGGCACGGUGCAAAGGCUGGUCGAGAGUCUGGCCAACGACGACGGCGAGCUGGAGUCGACUUACAUAAACGUCUUCCUGGCCACCUACAGGGCGUUCACGACGCCUCGCGAGGUGCUCGAGCUCCUGCUCGCGCGCUACGACUCCCUCGACGAGGCGGCGAACGCCCAGCACCGGAAGACGCUCGUCCAGGCGCUCCACGUCUGGCUGGACGCCUACCCAGGUGACUGGCGCGCGCCGCCCAACCACCCGCUGCUCUCGCGCCUUUUGGACUUUGCCCACAGGCGGUUGCCCGGCUCCGAACUCGAGCUCAAGGCCCGACACCGGCUGCACCGAUUCUCCCAGCGCGAGGACCAGAUCGACAACUGCGCGGCCAUCUACGGCAACGACUCGUUCAGCGACAGCUGGUCGAGCUACUCGUUCCCGGAGGUGCCGCACCGACACUUCGCCGAGCAGCUGACGCGCAUGGACGCCGAGGUGUUCCGCAAGCUGGUGGCCCACCAGUGCCUGGGCGCCGUCUGGUCGAGGCGAGAUCGAUCGCGCAGCCACGACGCAGCCACGGUUCUCGCCACCGUCAACCAGUUCAACGCCGUCUCGCUGCGCGUCAUCUCCAGCGUGCUCCUCUGCAGCGGCGCCGGUGGCGACGAGGCUAAACCCCAGGAGCGCGCGAGGAUCAUCGAGACCUGGAUCGACAUCGCCCAGGAGCUCAGGAUCCUCAAGAACUUCAGCAGCCUUAAGGCCAUAGUCUCCGGCCUCCAGAGCAACCCCGUCUACAGGCUCGAGAAGUGCUGGCAGUGCGUGCCGCGCGAGAAGUACGAGGUCUUCCGAGAGCUCGAGCGCAUAUUUUCCGAGGAGAACAACGCCUGGACGCAGAGGGAGCUCCUCAUCAAGGAGGGCACCGCCAAGUUUGCCGACACGGCCGGCCGCAGCGACAGGCAUCUCCAGAAGAUCCUACAGAAGCAGAAUACUCACGCGGGGAAUAUCAGUUACGGAACCAUCCCGUACCUCGGCACAUUCCUCACGGACCUCACCAUGAUCGACACGGCCAUCCCCGACACGAUAGCCGAAGGUCUCAUAAACUUCGACAAGCGGCGCAAAGAGUUCGAGGUGCUCGCGCGGAUUCGGCUGCUCCAGGGUGCGGCCAACGCCUACAACUUUAGCGCGGAUCCGCUCUUUGACCGCUGGUUUCACUCGAUCGUCGUGCUCGACGACCGGGAGGCCUACAGGAUGAGCUGCCAGAUCGAGCCGCCUCCCCCUGGCAGCACCAUCAACAACCGUUCCGCGCCCCCCAAGAAGAAGCACAACCACAAUCACAACCACUCCAACAAUCAUAAUAGCUCGGGCCACCGGAAGAACGACUCGAUCGCCUCCACCUCGAGCUCCAGCAGCUCGCAGUUCUACUGCGAUCUCGAUUCGCUGCCCAGCUCGCCGCACAAUUCGCUCGACAGGCGAACUUCGCCCUCUCAGAUGUCUUCCUCGUCUUCCUCGUCUUCCUUGCCCUCGCUGGACAUCUCGCUGAGCUCGGGCGGAGGCAACGGCAGCGCUCGCCUGAACAAUUCGAACGGUGCCGCCGGUGGCCUGUCGAGCCCCAGUCACUCGCACAAGAGCUCGCCCGACUUCUACAUCAUCAAGGUGACCAUGGAGAGCGACAACGUCGAGACCGAGGGCGUCGUCCUCUACAAGUCCAUCAUGCUCUCGAACAACGAGAGGACGCCCCAGGUCAUACGCAACGCCAUGCUCAAGCUCGGCAUCGAGGGUAACCCCGACCAGUUCACUCUGGCCCAGGUCCUGCCCGAUCGCGAGAUGGUCCUGCCUAAUUCGGCCAACGUUUACUACGCGGUCAACACGGCGCAUAAUCUUAAUUUCAUUCUAAGACCAAAAAAGACUUGAUGACCUGAACGAGCCCUUUGUUCGAAUGAUCACAAUCAGAAAGCGUAGUCAAUAAGUAUUUACGAAGCAAACAAUUAAACAGACGCGUAAUCUGCUGAACGAGCUGUAUACCCUCGUUUGCUGCACUGAGACAUUUAACCUUUACAAAUUUAUACACUGUACAAGUGUGAAUACUACUUCGGAUUCAAUUUCAAUCACGUCAUGGCGUCGUAAGAUACGAAAAUGUAUUCAUACACUUUUUGCGGAAUCUCACAAAUUUACUUUACCGUUUGUAUUUGUCAUGUCUGAGUGCGACGAUGAUUUGACUCGAGUCAACUUGUAACAAUAUACGCGCGUACCAUGACAGUUCGAUUGCCUUUGCAAAAGGCGACUCUGUAUUAUUUAGCUAAUUGUAAAAAUUAUUAUAAUUAUAAUUAUUAUUAUUGAGUGACACUUGAAAUUCUCGCAAUAUUUAUUGUAGUUUUUGAGUGUAACUGUGGUAAUCCGACGCAUAUUUGAGUGACGAAAAGAACGACCCGCUAAUGUAUGUUUGCGUGUAUUUAUAUUCAUAAUGCAAGUAGCGUGUAAUUGACGAUAUCAAAUUAAUUCGUUGUGCAUAAGAGCAACAGAGGACCAGUGACCUUUUGUACAUACAUAUUUUAUGCUUGAUCGAGUAAGCCAAGCAAUUAAAGUCUCGACGAACAAAGUGAAGGACGCAACUGCAUUAUUAAUCAAACAUUGCAAAUUUUGAUAAAAAUCUUGUUAUACUAUGAUAUAUACAUAUUAUAAAGAUUAUAGAUUGUUAGAUUACUCGAUUGGAGCGAGUCCCCUCUUGACUUAUAUAUAUAUAUUUAAGAGAUCGUUUGUGAUCGAGCUUCUUUCGAUAAAAAAUAUAUGAAAAAAUUUUACUGUCGCCAUUCCUUGGAAAACGAGAGAGAAAAAAAGAAAUUCUGUGAUACUCUGGAAGAAUAUUUCAUUUUGGCCUUGUACGACAAAGAAAGAGUCUCAGAAACUUCAAAAAAAAAAAAAAAAAACCCCAAUACUCAACUACCGAUUGUAUCAACACUUAGAUUAGCGAAUCUUAGAUGAAAUUUGUAAAACUUUAUGUACACACUGUUAAGCACAAAACGAUAAGAUCCGAGUUGCGUUGGAUCCCGUAUACAUGUUGUGUUUUAGUCUUAGGCCAUUUUGUACUUACCUCCUCAUCGAACUUAAUUUGAACCACAGUUAUUACCGUGUCUUUUCAAGAGACAUUCAUAUUCGAAUAAAAUCGCAAAAGUGCCCAGUCUAAA